GUAGGAUCAUUUUGGCGGUUCAGAAACCACCGCUGCUGACCCUGCCGACCCUUGCCGACCAUGCCGACCAUGCCGACCCUGCCGACCCUUGCCGACCCUUGCCGACCAUGCCGACCACCACCGCCGCAGCCGCUGCCGCCGCCGCCGCCGCCUCCCACCACCACUCACUCCCUCUCUUCCGUAAGAUCGCGUACGUGCGCGACGUACAUUAUCAGUUAUCACAUAUUAUUGUUAUCACACGAUAUCACACAUUAUUGUUAUCAGUUAUAAUAUAUUAUCACUUGUUAUCAUUUGUUAUGUUAUCAUAUAUUUAAAAAAUAUAAUAUUCUGCGUUAGAAUCGAACCGGGUGGAUAUCAUUGUCCUACCUCGACUCUUAAACAAUAUAGUCAAUACUGCUAUAUUUAAAUACACGCUAAAUAAUAUACAUAAUCAUAUAAAUAUUCUCAUAACGUAUAGUUCCCUCUUAUAUUUUUAGAAAAAAUAAUAAAAUGUAAUUAAAUAUAGACUUCCUCGCCAUUUAUAUUGAAAGAAACUUAUAAAAUAUUCACACACCACCUGGACAUUAGUGAUUGAAAGACAUUUUCUCCCAUUAGACAGUAAAAUUAAUGUCUAUUUUAUUUUGGCGCUGUAUUGAAAUUAGUAAUAGUUCAAUUAAGGACGUUUGGCACCGUAUUGACAAUAAGCUAUGCGAAUACAAUUAUCGAUAUAAUGGCCUUUAAUCGCCAGGAUGUCGCGGACUCUUAAUAGCCGCUAUAUAUAUCGAUAUCCACACAAUACCUUGUAAAAACUAUCGUCGUCGCUCCGACGUUUGGCGUCGGAUUGACAAUAAGAUACAUUUCCUAUCAUUAGGAUUAUUCGUUAUACUUAAUGAUAUUAAAAUACCUAUUUUAAUGAAAAACAUAUUAUUGUCCGAUAUUAGUACCUUCUGUCGGACGUAUCUUCAUACAGUGUAAUAUCAAUAAAGUAUCAUUAGCUGACCAAUACUUAGACAGUGAUUAUAUUCAUGUAUAAUUAAAGAAAAUCAAUUAAAAAUUAGCAUACCAGCUUGAGUACGGGUAUAAUUAGGAAAAUACUCUUUUUAUAUUCUGUAAGAGCCAUCAGUUCUUCAGUACGUUUUAAACCGUUGUACACGUAUUUCUUCUCUCUAAGUCUUUAAAAAAAUUUAUAGUGUUUAAUUUUUAAAUAUUAUUUUUUGAAAUUCUUAAACAACAUGCUUAAAUGCGAUCAGUGUCCAUCCACGUUUACACGUAAAAGUAAUUUGAAAGCUCAUCAAAAAAAUCACGAUGGUGUUCGUUUCACGUGUACUGUUUGUGCGUCGAUCUUCAGCUACAAAUGUCAUCUGAAUAGACAUAUGAAGAACAAGCAUGCUAUUGCUCGAGGUGAAAUUAUAGUACCAGGUCCAUCAAAUCAUACUCACAAUGCUAAUAAUACGCUGGACGAAUAUUUUAAUGAUGGGUAUGAUGAAAUGUUAGCGGAAAUGCCUGAAAAUGAUCAAAGCUCUUUUACGACUCAUCGUCAACCGGUUACAUCUAUUGUUGCCCAACCAGAACCGCAAGGUGUUAAACAGUUAACGCCUUUGCCUACUACACAGGGUCAUAUUCAGAUUGCCCCUCAAAUAUUUGUUCCCGAUGACCCGGCCGGUGGAUCAAACACGGUUUCCAACAAUUCACCAUCCAAUAACGAUUUUCGUAUUCCCAUGGUGGAUGAAACUCAGGACUCGGAAGAUGUUAUUACAGAUUCUUACACUACAUGUGUAAAUGGUAAACGGGUUUCCACUGCAAACACCGCCUCGGCAGCUAGGGUGAAAAAAGCUAGGAUGGGUAUGGUUAAGACUCCCGGGUUCGCAGAAAUUUCCUCGUCUGCGAAUCGAAAAAUAGUGUGGUAUUAUGCCAAAAAUAUUAACAAUGUUCAAAAUUACCCUGACUUUCUCCACUCGCUCGAGCCCGAGCUAAAUCAAAUAUUAAAAACACGCGUUCAGCAAGGGGCGAUUAAAUUUAAUCUUAAGCUCGAGGCGACCUAUAACCGAGCCAACGUACCAAAUUCGUUGGAGAACCGAGCGUUUAAAACAACAGCGACCGAAAUUUUCAUGCAUACGGAUAUCGACUCAAUAGUAGAACAAGCGUUCGUAAAAUUAUUAGCUGAGGAAGACGCUUAUGUUUACCGCGGUAGUGGCUUUACUUUGGAAGCCAUAGACGGUUUAUUAUUAGGAAUAUACAAUUACACACCAAUGGCUGGAUCGUCAUAUAUUAAAUUACCGGCAUAUAUAGAUAGGAAACGGGCCACCAUCAACCCACAAAACAAUGACCAGCAAUGUUUCAAGUGGGCUAUAUUAGCUAAGCAUGUGACUGAACAACCAAAAUAUCGUAUUGGUGAAAAUUAUCGCCAACACGAAGGAAAAUAUAAUUUUGAUGGUAUUUCGUUUCCAACACCGCUAUCAGAUAUUUCUAAAUUUGAAAAAAAUAAUCCGAACGUCACUGUGAAUGUGUAUGGGUUAGACAAAAAGUUACAGCCACCGCGUAAAUAUCCGACGUAUGAGGUGUACCCGCUACGUGUCGCCGAUGAGGAGAAAGCCAACCACUUUGAUCUGUUGUCGGUGACGGAUGACGAAAACUCGCACUACAUCUACAUCUCGAAUUUUUCCCGCCUUAUACGCUCGCAAAAAACUCAACAUGAAAGUCAGGCAAUAUUUUGCAAAAGAUGCUUUACAUCAUUUCACAAACAAAAUUUAAAGCAUAAAUUAAGCGGGCAGGCAGCGCUAGAACACCACAGAUUAAUAUGCGGCCCGCAUAAACCCAUACUACCGAAAAUGCCUGAAGAUGGAACAGUUCUUGAAUUUAACGCUUGGCAAAACGCACAAAGACAUCCUAUUGUUAUAUAUGCCGAUUUUGAGGCUCUGCUUGUAAAGACUGAUGAGGAAAAGGGUGAUAAUACAACAAUCAUACAAAAACACCGUCCUAUGAGCUAUGGUCUCAUUGUGAAGGCGAGUGAAGAUGUACCGACAGAGCUAUUGAGUGAACACAAUAUACCAACGGAACCGGUGAUCUACCGAGGAAGUGAGAGUCAGCCUGAUGUGGCGAGGCAUUUCAUCGAAACCGUGACGGAUAUAUCGUUGAAUAUAGAGAAAUUAUUGAAGACGAAUAUUCCGAUUAAUAUGUUCGCAGACGACAUACAAGUUCAUGAAGCAGCGACGCACUGCAAUCUAUGCAAAUGCGAUGUUAAUAACUACACCCGUAUUAGAGAUCAUGACCACUUGACCGGGAAAUUUAGACAGACUUUAUGCAGUAGAUGUAAUUUAAGUCUUAAACAACCGAUAUACGUACCAGUUUUCAUUCAUAAUCUGACCAACUAUGAUGCUCAUUUUAUAGUAACAGAACUUGGUUAUGAUUCACAUAGAAUAAAAGUAAUUCCAAACAGCGAGGAGAAAUUCGUUACUUUUUCGAAAUAUAUAAGUAACAAUUUUACGUUCAGAUUCGUGGAUACAUUCAGAUUUAUGGCUACACGCUUAUCAACACUCGCCGCCAAUCUAAUAACACCAAACUUGGAAAAAUUCCGCAUAACCGCAAAACAUUUUUCCAAUAAUGAUCUACCGCUUGUCACCCGUAAGGGUGUAUAUCCUUAUGACUUCACUGAUGAUUGGGCUAAGCUUGAACAAACAACAUUACCUGCAAAAGAGGACUUUUAUAGCACCUUAACAGAAGAAUACAUAAAAGAAACUGAAUAUCAGUUUGCGAAAGACGUAUGGAGUCAUUUCAAUUGUCAAACGUUGGGCGAGUAUUCAGAUCUUUACCUGAAAAUUGAUGUAUUGCUUCUAGCGGAUGUAUUCGAAAAUUUCCGGGAUUUAUGUUUGAGCACAUACAAUUUGGAUCCAGCAUACUAUUUUACAGCACCAGCGUUUUCUUUCGAUGCAAUGUUGAAAUACACCUCAAUAAAACUGGAUUUACUAUCGGAUUAUGAAAUGCUAUUAAUGAUUGAAAAUGGUAUUCGAGGAGGACUUACACAGGCCAGCAUGCGGUACGCAAAAGCUAACAAUGAGAGAACACCUGAUUAUAACCCAGCAGACCCAAAAUCCUGGCUUGUCUAUCAGGAUUGCAAUAAUCUUUACGGUUGGGCAAUGUCACAGUUCAUGCCCUACGGAGGCUUCAAGUGGGUCAAACCGUCUCUUAACGGAUUAGCUGAUUUGAACGCGACUUCCCCCAUAGGACGGUUCUAUGAAGUCGACAUAACUUAUCCGAAAGAACUUCACGAUAAACACAACAGCUUGCCAUUUUUACCACAAAACAGUAUACCACCAGGCUCAAAAGUGCAGAAACUCGUGGCUACGUUUAAACCGAAAAAAAAUUAUGUUGUUCACUAUCGCAACCUCCAUCAAGCCUUGAACAAUGGUCUCAUAGUUGAAAAGGUUCAUAGAGUUGUUCAAUUUAACCAGUCUGACUGGUUAGCCAAAUACAUUGCGUUGAAUACCGAGAUGCGAAAAAAGGCAAAGAAUGAAUUUGAGAAGGAUUUCUUUAAGUUAUUAAACAACGCUGUAUUCGGAAAAACCAUGGAAAACGUUCGUAAACGCAUGGAAAUGGAACUUGUAUCGUGUGAUAGACGUUUACAGAAAUUAAUAAACAAAUCGACAUUUAAACAUUGCACUACGUAUUCUGAAAACCUAAAUGCUAUAACAUUGGAAAAUAAGAUCAUCAAUUUUUGCAAACCUAUUUAUAUUGGUCUCGCGGUUCUUGACAUAAGCAAAAGUUUAAUGUAUGAUUAUCAUUAUAAUGUGAU